UGAAGUCCAUUGGGCGCGGCUAAUCGCCAAACACUCGAUCGUUGUGCAUUUCUAAGCUGAGCUGAGCUAUUGAUGCAGGCAGGCAGGCAAAAUUCGCCAGGCAGAAGCAACUCGCAGAACAAAUUCAAAGCUAAUUCAAUUGGACGUGUAAAAAUUGAAAUUGAAGAUGCAGCUUCAAUGGUUCGUAUUACUACUCACGGCGGUGUCGAUGCCGCUAACGUGUACGAGUUAUAGAAUUUUGUUUAUGGGACCCUUCCCAGCACCAAGCCAUUGGAUGUGGAUGGAACAUUUCCUGAAAGAUCUGUUGCAGCGCGGACAUCAAGUCACAACACUGACUAAUCAUCCCGCCAAGCAAGCACAUCCAAACCUAACGGAGAUCAUUAUUGAUCCCAAGCUGAAUAUAGCCGAACAUCGACCACGUGAGAACAUCUUCAAAAUGCAUUUUACAAGCGACUUCGAGAACUUGCAAAUGUAUUGGCACGUCGGUUUGUUGAGCUCGGAGCACGCUUUAAACGACCCAAAAGUGAAAUCACUGAUCGCUAGUCAGGAUUUGGAAUUCGAUUUGAUCGUGUUGGAACAGUUCUAUCACGAGAGUUUCCUAAUGUUUGCGCACAAAUUCAAAUGUCCUGUCGUGACGUUGGGCACUUUGGGUUAUGCUGAUAAUAUGGAUCAUGCCAUGGGUCUGCUGACACCCUGGGCUACCGUACCACACUUACUAGUUUCCUACACCGAUCAGAUGACCUUCGUACAACGCGCUUAUAACACCUAUUUGUCGAUAUACGACGCGCUGUUUAGAAGCUGGUAUUAUAUACCCAAAAUGCAGGAGAUGGCUGAGCGACACUUUGGCGCGCACAUUGAUGGUCCUUUGCCACAUGUCGUUGACUUGGAGAAGAAUAUUUCGAUGAUGUUGAUCAACAGUCAUCGCAGCACAGAUGUGCCACGCCCCAGCAUGCCUGGUUUAAUCGAUGUGGCCGGUGUACAUAUCAAGAAGCCCAAACCGUUGCCAGAAGAUCUGCAAACCUUCUUGGACAAUUCCACACACGGUGUCAUCUACUUUAGCGUGGGCUCGUACAUGAAGAGUACCGAUAUGCCGGUGGAGAAGAUCAAUCUCAUACUGCAUGCCUUCAGUCAACUGAAACAGAAUGUUUUGUGGAAAUUCGAGAAUUCAUCUAUUGGUCAUCUACCGCCGAAUGUGAAAAUCCAAAGCUGGUUGCCACAAAACGACAUACUCGCGCAUCCGAAUAUCAAGGUCUUCAUCUCGCAUGGCGGCAUCUUCGGCACACAGGAGAGCAUACACUGGGGUGUGCCGAUGCUGUGUAUACCCUUCUUCGGCGAUCAGUUCCGCAACUCGAUGCGUUCGGUGCAGGACGGUUAUGCGCGUUGGUUGCAUUUCGGCAAAAUGACCAGUGAUGAUUUGGUGCAAAAUCUGCGCUUGCUCAUCAACGAUCCCACUUACAAACAGAAGGCCGUCGAAUUGUCACGUCGGUUCCGCGAUAAUCUGAUUGAUCCACUGGAAGAGGCUUCGUUUUGGAUGGAGUAUGUGGUCCGACAUAAGGGUGCGCCACAUUUGAAAUCCCAUGGCGCUUUCAUGCCACUCUAUCAGUAUUUGUUGUUGGAUGUUUUCGGUUGUGUGUUAGUGUUGUUGUUCUUGGCAGUGUGGUUGCCAUUGCGUUUUAUCGAGUUGAGAACGCCGCUGACUAGUUUGUUCGAGAAAGUGGUUUGCUUCAGCAAGGACAAAACACAACAAGCGAAAGCGAUACAAAUCGACCUGAAGGCAAGCAAUAAAUACCGUUAUGCGGGUUAAUAUAAUUUAAGCCGUCGCUAACAUAAGGCUAUGUCGAGUUAAAUUAUUGAAAGUAGCGCGUUUUUAGGCGCUUAAGCAUUUACGCAUUUAAGAACUACUGAAGUACCGCACCAAUUUUGUACAGAUUUUUAUGCAACGGUGUUCUCUGGUAUAUGUACAAUCCUAAGUAAUGGUUUAAUUUUAAAUCGUAAAGCAAACAUUUAUUAAGUUUAAGUAAUGGUUAUUUUGUUGUAAUGCUGUAAGUGACGUAAUGGCGUUUGGUGGCAUCAUGCGUUUAGGACAGAUGAAUAAAAGACUAAGCUAUUAUGCACGACUAGAAUAAA